AUGGCAUCAAGAAACCCCGGUCACAAAGAUACAAGUGUCUUGAGGAGGUCAACCCCCAAGUUCCUGAGGAACAUGCCCUUUGCCAAGAAGCAUAACAAGAAAGGCUCGAAGAAGGUGCAAGCAAACAACACAAAGAUAACAAGUGCCUACACAGAGGCCAUCAAGGCCCUUGUGAAGCCUAUAGCCAUUAAGCCCAAGAUGCCAAAGGGCUCCAAUUGCAAACUCAGCCAUCUGGCUUUGAUUGAUCACCCCAAGCAGAUUCGAAGCUACAAGGUCAAGGGAUGUAGGCUCUGCCAAUUAGACUUCAGCCUCAGGUCAAGCUUUCAAAGGAGCCCCAGGCCCCUGUGA